AUGUCUACAAAACAUCUUCGACGACUAAUUGAAGAAAAAGAGCACGACGAGGUGAGCGAACAGUCAGAAGAGCUACCUCCUUCACCGAAACCUGGACCAGUAAAUCGAUUUGCAGCUUUUGUUGAUGAGGAGGAUACUGGUGAACGGUCAGAUGCCAAUGACGGAGACGAGGAAAACUCAUCAUUUUCUAAACAAGUCACAAAAGAAAAUCCUCUGUUGAACGAAAAAAAUGUGAAGAAAACGAAAAGAAGGAAAAAGAAAAAACAAAAGAAACACGAGCAGGAGGAGCUAGAUGAUGAUCAGCUCCUAGAGCAGCUAGCGUGCGAGAACCAAACAACUGUGCUAUCGCAGUUAGAAGAUGAGGAACCUCUAGGGGUAGAACAAGUUAUCAAACCGGAUCCACGCUUGUACGAUGCUGCAGCUGAGUUGAAGAGAGCAAUCGGCAAAGCUUUCAAAGAUGUUGCCCCAGCAACUAGCCGUUCUCAUCGUGCAUUCCAUGGAGCUGGAAAAAUUGUGAAGCAGAAGUACAAUUGGCCACCAGUGAGAAAUAUCGGUCUGUCGAUGGAACUGGACAGGGAGGAAGGUGGAAUUAAAUGGUUCAAGUUCAUUCACAACUCUAAUUAUGAGAAACUGGAACGGUUAUGUUGGGUUUCUGAGGAUUCCUUUGACCACGAACUGAUACAGGAAAUAGUAGUGGAAAACCCAUACCAUCUGAAUUCUCUGCUUCUCUUAGCUAAUGUAUCCCGAAUGCAGGAAGAUAUCACGCUUUCCUGUGAUAUGAUUGGUAGGUUUUGAUU